GAAAGUAAAGAUGAAAGCAAUAAGGACGGUUCAUCUGCAUCGAAAAAACCGCUUACUAAAGGUAUUGUAAAUUUAGAACACGGAACAGGAGCUCCUUCACAACAAACAAGUACAAAAGUGUAUUAUCAUAUCGAUGACGAAAUGGUGCCAUAUUGUACUGAUGUCAUGGUACCACCUGAUAAAAUAACAUUGGGUGAUUUCAAGCGUGUGUUGACACGAUCAAAUUUUAAAUAUUACUGUAAAGCUCCCGCUCCCGAUUCUGGAGUCUUUCCUGAGGUGAAAGUGGAGAUACGUGAUGAUAGUGAAUGUUUACAUCGUUCGGCAAAUGGUCAGUUUGAGCUUUUUUUGCUUACAUCGGAAGGUAGCAGUCAUUCCGAUGGUUCUUCGGGUCUUCCACUGAAAAGUGCACGACUCAUGCCACUAAGAAAUAAGAAUGAUGAAUUAGCAUUUGUACAUUAUUUUAUUUCCGGUUCCGGGCCCAACACCGACUAUGUAUCCAAUUGGAAGUAUGGCUUAUCGACAAGCUGUGCAGCAAUUUGA